GAUUGUCUUUUAUAAAUAUUGCGUCCAAGGGCUAGUGCAUGAGAUGGUAUUAAGAAGAAUUGGUGAGAAAAGGUAGCAUGAAAAAGUGUAGAAAGGUUUAUUUGGUGUAACACGAGUCAAAAAGUUCAUGCAAAAGCAGAAUCUAUAACCUGCAACGUUUGCUCUGCUCCUUGUUCAUCUUGUAUGCACCUUAGUAUAGCUCAAAUGGGAUUAAAAAGGGACGACUUUUCCAAUGAAACUGAUCCUGUUGCUGUGGCAAGUCUGCACUCUAUCAACAAGGAUAAAACAGGUGAUAGCUUACAACAUACCCAGCGUGAAGCAAGCAAUUUACUCUGUGUCAAUUCAAAUCAUGAUUCUUACUCGGAACAUAUAGAAACUAAAGCAACUAUAAGGCCAUCUGGUGUAUUUGAUGAACUAGAAGAUGUUGGGAUUCAAAGGACCUUCUCAAAUAAAUAUGAUGGUUUCAAGAGUGUUGAAGUCCAUGAUGAUAAUAUUUCGUGUGCUAGUAGAGCCAGUGAUGCAAAUAACAAGGAUUUAGAUAUUAAGGAUUCAUCUCAUAGUUCAUUGUCGGUUUGUAGUUUAGGAUCCGAAAAGGUGCUCUCUUCCCAGAAGCUAGACUUGUCCGAACUUCUUUCCAUAAAGGAGGAAGAUGCUAGUAGUAGUUCACCGAGGAUACAAAGUCCAUAUUCUCACUCUCAAAGUGGCAAAGUCUCUAUUGGAGGCAGUUCUGAGAUAUCUGCCAAAAUUCAUAAGUGCGAAGCAGAUAUCGACAAAAAUAGUGGUGUCCCACUAGGUAAUGGUGGUAAAAGUUUGAAUGAAGAUGGGCAAGAUGAGUCGACUGGGUUUGUUGAACUACCUGACAAGGAGGAGUUUCCUUUGCAAGCACUUUCUUUAGAUGUGGGUUAUGAAUCAGAUGCUUCAGAAGAUGUUAAAGUAUGUGAUAUUUGUGGGGAUGCUGGACAAGAAGAUUUGCUUGCUAUAUGUAGCAAGUGCUCUGAUGGGGCAGAGCACACUUAUUGUAUGCGAGAAAUGCUUCAGAAAGUUCCCAAAGGUUAUUGGCUUUGUGAAGAAUGCAAGCUUGUUGAGGAGACUGAAAACCAAAAGCAAGGUUUGAAUGUUGAAGGAGAAAAAGCAAACAAAGGUGGCUCAACUAUGCAAAGCUUAGCUAAGAGGCAUGUUGAAAAUCUAGAGAGUGCUUUAGCUCUGAAACAGAAGGCUGUUGAAACAAGUAUGGGAUCACCAGAACCAUUGAGCCCUAAUAGAGUAUCUGCAUUGUCCCGAGAGGAUUCAUCGAAGGACUUAGACAAGGGGAAAGUGAAGCCAUAUCUGCAAAAUUCUUUUGGAAACCAUUCUGGUAAUGAUAUGCCAGAAACUGUACGUUCUCCUUCUGGUACACAACUACAAGCACCAAAGGGUGCCUCAUUUAAAUCCAAUUCAUUCAAUAGUUUAAACUCCAAACACAAAGUGAAGCUUGUAGAUGAAGUUAUACUUCAGAAACAGAAAAGUUAUAGAGAAUAUGAAUCCCUUGAUAGCAGGGAGGAAUUUGGUAGAAUGAUGGACAAAUCCUUGUCAUUUAAAUCCACUAACUCAGGAAAGUUGAAUACCGAGGAAUCAAAGUUUAAAAGGCUAUCAUCUAAACAUCUACAUGUUCAAGAUCAGAAAGGAUCAAAGAUAGAUAGUGAGCAGAUAUCAUUAGAGAGGAAAAGUUCCUCAAAGUUGGAUCACUCUGGUUCUACUGUCUCCAUACCCAAGGUUGAUAAGAAACUGACACCUCGUGCUGACUUAAUUUUCCAUUCAUCUGCAAGCAACUACAAAGAAACUAAGGCUGCUCAGUCUGAUGGAAAACAAAGUACUUUAUCGAAAUCUACCAGCAAUCUAGAUCGCGAAGGUGUAGAAAGUGCAGUUACUUCUGAUGUUGUUGUUCCAUCAACCGAUGGAUGUAUUUCUUUUGAACAGAAAUUAAACCAACUAAACCGGAUGGAGAAACCGACAUCAAGUUCUUCAUGGACAGCUGAGAAGCAACAUAAUAAUUUUAAUGGAGUUAUGUCAGAUGAGCCAUCUCUGUCGUUAGAUUCAACAAACCAGAGUGAGAAAUCUAGGGAGAGCUCUGUUAGUCGCUCCUCAAAAAUUGUUUCAUGUCUAAAAUGCAAAGAAAUGAGUCAUACAGUUGACUAUUGUCCAGUUUCUAAGGCCUCUGGUGCUGAUCAGUCUGAUCCAAGGACAUCUAGGGAGGACAUAUAUAAAGGCAAUAAGUUGAAAGCUGCUAUUGAAGCAGCUAUCCGUUUGAGGCCUGGAAUACGUGACAGAGCAUCUCAUGUUCCAUCAUCAAUUUCUAGUAAGACAAAGAAUACGAUUCCUGUUGAAGGUAUACAUGAAAGGCAAAAAAGUCUUCGUAAUCAGGCUUCCAUUGGUAAUAUCAAGCAGCUUAAUUCACAUUCCACUGAUGCUGUCUCUGCGGUUUCGUCUGUUGUCAAUCUUUCAAUGACAGAGAUAUUCAUCCCUCCUUUAGCCCUGGGGUCUGCUGUCUCAAAGAGUUCUGCCAUCCCGGAACAUGAAUACAUCUGGCAGGGGGCUUUUGAGGUGCAUAAAAGUGGAAAACUUCCAGGGUUUUCUGCUGAAAUUCAAGCCCAUCUCUCAACAAUUGCAUCACCUAAAGUGCUUGAAGUUGUCAACUCUUUUCCUCACAAAGUUUCCUUGGAUGAAGUACCUCGCUUGAGCACUUGGCCGACACACUUUCAUGACAGUGGUCCUAAAGAAAAUAAUAUAGCUCUAUAUUUCUUUGCCAAGGACCGUGAAAGUUAUGAGAACUACAAGGUCCUUUUGGAUACCAUGGUCAAGAAUGACUUCGCUCUCAAGGGAGCUUUUGAAGGUGUUGAACUUUUGAUAAUCCCAUCCAACCAACUUCCUGAAAAUUGCCAGCGGUGGAAUGCAUUAUUAUUCCUUUGGGGCGUUUUCAAGGGAAGAAGAGCAAACUCUUCUAGUUCCAUAAAGAGUGUAAGCAAUCCUGAAGCAAGUAUGAUAUAUUUGGGGAGGGAGAUAGUUGAUAUCUCUCAGCUGGCAGAUAAUAAAUCAGCUGCAUGUGAUGGUACAUGCAAUGUAGUCCCAGUAACCAGUGCUGUUGAAAAAGCAUGUAUCUCAACAGCUAGAGUUGGUGAUAAUCAGGGAUAUGCAGGAAUAAAAGCUAAAUUGGAGGAGCAAGAUAGUAAAGUUGACACCAAAAUCUUGCCAAGAAUUGCAACAAGCAGCACACAGGUGCUUCCAGAAACAAAAUGCAAUAGUCCUCCUCAGGUAGAGAGCAAAGUUCCAGAUUGUAGAUCCGACACAGAUCUCAAACCUAGCCUUCGGGCUACUGAAACCAAUAGUGGUUCUGUCAGAGUUGAGAAAGAGGAAAUGCAUGUCCAAGAAGAUUAUCCAUUUUCAAAAAAUUGCCCGACUGAAAAGCAAAUUGCAGUUGUGGUAGGGGAAAUUGAUGGUGAUUCUGUUAGAAUUAGGGAUCCGAUAGAUAAUGUGGGUGCCAAUGGAAAAACUUCUGCAAAGAGAUAUCUUGAUUGUUUGCAACCGAAUAAUAGGAAACGCACGUACUUGGAUCUUACAGAAACGGUUCCAGAAAUUUGUACCGAUACAAGUAAAAAAUUGUCAUGGAGUGAGGUGAAGAGAGCUUCUAUAGGUGAAGGAAGCGAUAAUAGAAUGCUGAAGACAGGUUUCAGUGGGAUAAAUCAAUUUAACAGUAUUAGAGAUCAAGGUCCUUCCGGUUAUAGUUUAGCGUCAGAUAGACAAGAUCUCUGUGUUCCGCCUCUUCUGUCGAAGAGAAGAAAUGAGACAUUGUUUGUGAAAACAAAGUUAUCCCCAAUGACAUUGGAAGUAGCGAAGGGUGUUUCUAUCCCGUGGUUUCACAUCAUGCAAGGGAACUUCAGUUGGGGGACAACUCUAAACCGUGGAAGGAGCUCUCCAUAAAAGACAAGGACCGAGUUCACGACACAUCUCCUAAUCUGAAGCUGGCUUUAGGGGCUGAGACUAUACCACAAAACAGAGGGAUCUUGCCUUUCGUUGUUGGAACAGUAGACGACAAGAUAACCGGAAAAGAAAAGGAUGAUGAUGUAUCUGCCUCACUUUCCCUUUCCCUCUCAUUUCCAUUUCCAUUUCCAUGUCCAGAAAAGGAAUAGAAUUGCCCAGUCGGAUUCCAGACCGAUCAGCUCAUGUCCGGAAGGCAUGCUGGGAAUACUACCACUGCUGAUGUAUGGAGGGUGGGCCUAAGUCGUUUAAUUAGACAAGGCGAGAAAAUGUGGUAAAAAUUACAAGCCGGUGCUUUCUUUUCAUGAGGUUUGAAGAAGACAAUCAAA